AUGCAAGUCUCCCUGGCUCUACCCACCACUCGCAGUUGGUCGCCCGCGCCUUUCCUCGUGCGUCUGCGGUCCCGUAGCCGUACCAAACCACCAUACCUUGCCAGGCACGCCAGGCUUGUCGACCUCACCGACUCCGUGUACCUGCGCCAACGUCUGCUGGUCACGUUCUCGUUCUCGCCGCCAGUGUUCAGUACUAGCGAAAAGACGCGACCCUUUCCGGGCCUUUCUCUACACCCGACCCAGAGUGAGAUCCUAUCCCUUUCCUCGCCAAUCCGCCGACACUCGUGGGCCGUGGUGCAGCCCGGAUCCCGAUCGACGCACGUCACCGUCGCAGUCGCAGUUGCAGCUGCCACCCGGACCCUCUUCUCAUCCCAUCUCACCACCCGUUGGGUUGUUUCCUUUCUACCUGCUGCCCACCACACGCACGCCGCCCCGACCGCCCGCCCUUCGCAGCAGUCAGUCCAGCAACUGUUCCGUGCCCUCUCCUGGAUCCUGAGGCCGGUUCCGUGUCGUCCUGCGCUCGCGUGGUCUGCUGGUCUGGUUCGGGCACUUUGGUUUGGUCUGGCGUGGUCCGUCGACUACCCGUAA